AAUAUUCGCACAGUCACGGCACGUCGAGGCCGAGCUGCAGGCCACUUCGCCCUGCGCUCCAAGCCGCCGACAAUGCAGGCCCACCAGCCCUGACCGCAACAGGUUGGGCAGCAGCUUGCAGUACACUCCGGCGCACCAAACCCCGCCUCGCACGCGAGCCGCCAGCGCCGCUUCCCCCGCCCCGCCGGCCGCCCCCCCGGCGGGCCAGACGGCAUGGAGUGCCUGAGGCGGGUGAAUCCGUUCCGCGCGUGUGCGGGGCUGCGGGUUCUGGGGUACCUCAUGCUGGCGCUCGUCGCCGCCAUCGUCGCCGCCUCCUACUACGCCGUCGUCGUCUACGCCUGGGGCCCACUGCUCCUACGCGGGGGCAGCGGAGGCUCCGUAGCGGCGGCAGCUUUCGUCCUCGCCGCCUUCCACCUCCUUCUUAUAAUGAUGCUAUGGUGCUACUUUAUGGUUGUUUUUACGAAUCCUGGAGCUGUACCUGAAAACUGGAGACAUGCUUCUGAAGAGGAUGGUAUGUAUGCAAACAACAGUAGCACCAUAUCAAAUAAUGUCGCUACAGAUUGUGUGAAUCCUCCAUCCACUUCAGAGGAGCAAGGACAUGCGCCUAGAUAUUGCUCUCGUUGUCAAAAUGGCAAACCUCCACGUUGCCAUCACUGUUCUAUCUGUGACAGAUGCGUACUAAAAAUGGAUCAUCACUGUGUUUGGGUAGUAAAUUGUGUCGGAGCAAGGAAUUACAAGUAUUUUCUCCUUUUCCUGGUGUAUACUUUCCUCGAGACUGUGCUGGAUACAUUGGUGCUACUUCCAAGCUUUAUUAUCUUCUUUCAUGAUGGAAGUAGGCGCCCCAGCUCAGCUGGUGAUAUUGCCAUUCUAUUUCUUGCUUUCGUUCUAAAUUUGGCGUUUGCGCUGAGCCUCCUUUGCUUCAUAUGCAUGCACACGUCUCUUGCUGCCAGUAAUACGACUUCUAUCGAGGUAUACGAGCGAAAGAAAACAUGCUCAUGGGAGUAUGACCUAGGAUGGAGAAAAAACUUGGAGCAGGUAUUUGGCACCAACAAGUUGCUCUGGUUUCUUCCUAUGUACUGUACCGAGGAUCUGCAAAACAUUGCUACAAUUCAAGGCCUUGAAUUCCCUACUCGUUCUGAUGCAGUGCUGUAGUUGCGAUUUGGUUGACAGUAUAUUCUUGUUAUGCCAUACGGCCAUCUCACUUUGUAGAUUAAACCGUCUUACUUCUGUACAUAAUCAUCAUUUUUCUGUACAAAGCUACUUCAUCCGUCCGAGUUUAGGGCAACUCCAA